AGGGGCCCCGCGGUGCUCCGGGAUGGGCGAUCAAAGAGUCCCGGUGCCGGGGGUCCCCCUCACCCCGCACCGCCCCCGCGGCCCCAGCACUGCAGCCAUCGCGCUGCUCCUCCUCACUCCCAGCAUGAUCCCAGUACAGCCCAGUCCCUCCCACUCCUGGCAUCCCCCCCAGCCCUCUCUGCCUUCCGACCCGUCCCGGCUCCAUCCCCGCCGCUCCCGCGGGCUGCGAGGACUCCGGGACUGGAGGAGGAGGAGGAGGGAGGGAGGAAGAGGCGGAGCGGCAGCAGGAAGCGGCAGCAGCAGAGGACGGCAGGAAUCGCGGCGAUCCGGCGCUGCCUGAGCUCGCCGCACCGCGGGAGCAUCGCCCCCAUCCCGCAGGAUUUCCCAUUCCCAACCCUUGGCUGGAUGGAGGAAGAGGCUGUGAGGAAGAGGCAGAUGCCCCUGGACACCCAGGCAGACAGGGAUCUGAGGAUGGAGACCAGGGAGGACAAAUCCCCGCAGCAGAACCUCGUGGAAGAGGUUGUUUUGAGUGACUCUACAGAGCAGGAAUCCGAUGGGGAGGAAAAUCCCCAGAGAUCCCCCACGAGGAGGGCCUGCAAGCCCAGCCCAGGGUGCUCUGAGGAGGAAAGACCCACCCUGUGCCAGGAAGGUGGACAGAGCUUCAGCCAGAGCUUGGGCCUCGUGGUCUCUGAGCAGCUCAGUGAUGGGGAGAAGCCCCACAAGUGCUUGGAGUGUGGGAAGAGCUUCAGCUGGAGGUCCCGCCUGAUCCGCCACCAGAUGAUCCACACUGGGGAGAGGCCCUACGAGUGUCCUGAGUGUGGGAAGGGCUUCAGAGACAGCCCCCAGCUUACCAUCCACCAUCGCAUCCACACUGGGGAACGGCCCUUCGAGUGUUGGGAAUGUGGCCAGAACUUCAGCCGGAGCUCCCACCUGACCUCCCACCAGAAGAUCCACACCGGGGAGAGGCCCUACGAGUGUUCCGAGUGUGGGAAAUCAUUUCAGACCAGCUCCCUUCUCCUCAUACACCUGCGGAUUCACACAGAGGAGAGGCCCUUCCGCUGCCCUGACUGCAGGAAGGGCUUCAAGCACAGCUCCCACCUCAUCAGGCACCGGCGCAUCCACACCGGGGAAAGGCCCUACGAGUGCCCUGAGUGUGGGAAGAGGUUCAGGACCAGCUCAGUCUUGAAUCAACACCAAUGGAGACACCGGUAAGGGAAGCUCUGACUGCUGGAAGAGCUUCGUGCACUGCUCCAACUUCCUCCCCCAUCAGAGGACCCUCGUUGCAGAGAGCCCUGGUGACCCACAUUCCCAAUAAUCCAAGUUGGGAAGACACCUGGCUGGUGGUCUCUAUGUCAUCCCGGAUCCCUAUGGGCACCUGACUGAACGCUGGGGCAGGAACAUCCAUUGGGUCUCAGACUGAUAAUGGAAAUUCCUUGGGAAGAGCUGAUUUUUGACCUUGUCUUGGUUUGAAAUUCAGGUGUCUGCUAAGGAAGGCAGGAGCCCUCCUUGGAAUGGAAAAUGUAAACCCCCUCCCUCUGAAUUAUUAGAAUUGUGAAAUCAAGGGGCUCUCAAGCAAAGAUAUAGGAAUAGGAAUAACAGUUCUUUACUAAUGUGUAUAAUAAAGCAAACAACAGCAACACCUACGGCAUUAACAGAGGCUUUGCUGCACAAACCCACAGGGGGCCGUGAUCCUGGUGCCCCAGCAGGGCUCAGGGAGCUCCAAGCUGGGUUGGCAAGAUCCAUCAGCAGGCAGGGGGUGUGGGGUGUGAAAAACACGUUCAGUCUCUUGUGAAAAUUUAAAAAGUGUAAUAAAGGACAAUGGGAGACAAGGACCAUAGAGCAGAGGUUAUUAGGGCCAGGAGCAUCUUGGGGGAUACCCCUUAAAUACCUUUUCCCUUACAUCAGCCCUUUGCAUAUUCAUAGACCCUUAUGCAUAGUAAACUUUUCCCCAAAGUAGUUUACAUGUUCCAAUAAUUGUUCAGUAUAUCUCCUCCUUGGAUCUGCCUUUUUAGAGCAUGAGCAUUCAGUGGUUGUGGUUUUAGUCCUUUUUUAUCAUCAUCUGCAGUUUUUGGACCUUGGCCCACACUGCUGGAGUGUGUGGGUGCUGAUAGUUGGCAGAUCUGUACAGGCGUCCUCAUCCUGUGUUUAUUAUGUUAGGAAGAUUAGUCCACAAACAUCAGAGGUUUAUGUCCAAAAAGGAGACAGAGGAGUCCUUUUACUUUGUUUGAAUAAAGGGAGAGGCCAUGGGGGUCUCUCCAAUUUUUGGAGGAUGCAGCCUCCUUUUUAUCCUAAUUUCUUUUCUCUCCCCAUUGGCUGAGGUACUUGAGAAGUACAGACUUCCUGAAACACCUGAUACCAGAGAUUUCCCUCUAAUGUAUAGCCCUCCCUUUUAAUUUUUAAUUCUUAUGGAAUUUAGGGUUUUCCCCCACUGUUUCUUUCAUCUUUCAAUAUCCAGUUUCAUUUACUAGCAAACCUACAGUUUAUUUGUAAAAGCAAAAUAUCUUUUUUCAUUCAUCAAUCAGUAGAAUCCUUCCCAUUGUUUCUUUUAUCUCUCAGUGCUAGUUUUAUCUAGCAGCAGACCCACAGCUUGGUUUUAAAGACAAAUCUGUCAUUCCUCUCAUACUGUCUUGCAACAAAGAACCUGUGACCAUCUUAGACCAUGGCCUAAGACUAUUUAUAAGACUAUGCUUGCUGUCUUAUAAAUCUCAUGGCCUCUUAGACUGAUGUUAUCUAAGCAAUAAAUGGUUCUUAGUCUGCUCGUGGUCCCGUCCCUUUGACUGACGUGAUGGCAGCCACACAGAGUCCUUCCCCAGGAGCUCUGAAGCUGCCUGCAGGUCCCCGAGCUCUUGGUCCCCUUGGCCACGGCAGUCGUGUGCCCCAGAGGGCUCUGUGAGGACACGGGCUGUCCUCGUGGCACUGGGGCUGUGUCCUUG